ACUUCACUGGGGGGGUUUGGCUGUGUCUGGCUUGAUCCUCAGUACAUAUGCAUUCAAGCUGUUUCCUGAAGUGCAGUAGGAAUAAAAGCUUUUUGUUUUACCCUCUCAGACAAACAUAGCUGAGAGAGUGGCUCCAUACACUGGCUGAAGGAUGCACUAGUAACUACAGGAUACUCAGUUAUUACUUUCAGCCUCUCCACAGCAGUCCCUGCCUUGAUCGUGUUCUCAUUCUUAAAUAUUUACACAGCUCUUUGAACACACAAACAAAAGUGAUUUGGCUUAGAUGAAAGGCACUAAAAUUUUCCCAAUGCUUUCCAAACAGCCUGAUGGCUGUAAAAAGCUGCAUAUCACUAGACGUGUAAUCCCCUCCUCACAGAGCACACAGCUCCCCAACAGCAGCUCCAGACUCUCCAUGGUGCCGUUCUGUCUCUUAGAGCUGAGAAAAGAGAGAAAUCAAAAUGCCAGAUUUUCAGCAGAGUGGGAAUUCAGCAUACCUGGACCUUUAGUUUCUGGGUGUUUGGAGAAAUUAUUUGUUGUAUUGUGUCCUUAAGGGAAAUGCUUUUGGAAAAGUAAAUCCCUUCCUGGCUGAAGUGCUUCAUUUAGGACUUUCACAUGCCCCCGGGCCAUGUGAGUGGUUUUGUGUGGGCUGGGAAGUACCUUCAGCCACGAUAAAGAGCUGUUCUGGGUCAGUGCAGGCACAUGUUUCUGCAUCAGAACAGGAGCUGGCAAGAAGCUGGGAACUGUGUAGAUACAAGAGGGAACGAGAAGAACGUGGGGAGCUGUAGGAGUCUGAAUCUCCAGCUUUAGUGUGCUGCCUCCUCCUCUACAUCUGCAUAAAAAGACCUACAAUGGGCUAAAAAAGCUGGUAAACAGCCCCUGUGUGAAACCCAGACUAAAGGGGCCUCCGCAGCACUGGGUCUUUCAGCUCCAAGUGUGUGGUGCUGUGCAGGGACACGCUGCUCUCAGCACCUUUGGCUGUGCUUGAGCUCCUCCCUCAGCCUUUGCUCUGGGGUGCUUGAGCCUUCCUUGCCACCUCACUGCCUUACAGCUCGGUGGGUGUUUUUCCUAGGGAAGCCUGAAGCGCUGGAUCCAGGGGAACCUGACCAGCUGUGGACGGUCAGCAUUUCUCUUUGAUGAGAUGGACAAGAUGCACCCAGGCCUGAUUGAUGUGAUCAUCCCCUUCCUGGGACCCUCCUGGGUUGUGUACGGGACCAACUACCGCAAAGCCAUCUUCAUCUUCAUCAGCAAUGCAGGAGGGGAGCAGAUCAACAACGUGACGUUGGCUCUGUGGCGUGCCCGCAAGGACCGGGAGGAGAUCAGCCUGCAGGACCUGGAGCCAGCCAUCUCCAAGGCUGUGUUUGAAAACCCUGAGAGUGGCUUCUGGAAAUCUGGGAUCAUUAAUGAACACCUCAUUGAUUUUGUUGUGCCUUUCCUCCCACUGAAGCACCACCACGUGAAGCAGUGUGUGGUCAGCGAGCUUGUGCAGCAAGGCCUCGAGGUACGCCCGGAUGUCGUCCAGGAGGUGGCUGACAGCAUCCCCUACUUCCCAGAAGAGGAGAAAUUAUUCUCAUCAACAGGCUGCAAAACAGUGGCAUCUCGCAUCAGUUUUUUCUUCUAGUCACUGGCAAGGGCCUCUUUCAGAUCCAUAUGGAGCUAGAGAGCACCCAGGGCUGGUGGGAUGUGCAGUGGCAAUGGUGUGUCACUCCCCACAGCACAAGUGCUCUCCUGCUGAACUCUCUCCAGCUCCAAGGAGCCCACUGCAGGAUGCAGCUGCAGGACCAGGUGCAAAUUAUGUAAUUUAAAGCACUUUACUGAUUCACUCUUGGCCAGGUAAAGGUGGAUCUACCACCUGAGACAUGUGUGAUGAGAUGGGGAAGAUGCUGAGAGGGUCUGCAGUGUCAGGGAGGUUCUCACCCUGUCCACAGCACCCAUCCACAGCUCUCCCCACUUCUGGCAGCUGUUGAUACCCAAUACGUUAAGAUUCUGAGCCCACAGAAGAUUAUUUCUUCCUUACAGCAUUUUAACAGUUUUUUAAAAACCUUUUUAAGCAUAGCUGUGCCUCAGCUCCUUGGCACAACAUUAAUAUAUUGGUGCUGACUCCUGUGAACACCUCAACAUGGCAACCAAGUUUUCUUUUCAAGGAAGUUUUAGAGCCACCCACAUUCCAGUUUCCUUUCACUGUGAAUAGGUGCUUGGUAGCUUCAACACCAAUGAGGGGGGUAAUGUGAGAGGGGAACACCUGAUCUGCCAUGAGCAGGCUCCCCUACCACCCCUUCAUCCAUCUUUCCCCUAAGGGCCAAAGGAUUUCCCUCUAGCAAACCAGGAAAACAACAACAAAAGACUUCUUGCUUGUUUUACCAGCGGUGAAGAAUCUCAUCCUACCUCCAGGGGAGCCCACAGCACUGCUAACGGUUUUGAAAAUUCCUUUUAUUCAGUGAUGGUUUCUACAGCAGAGUUGGUGCUGGGAGCUGUGGAGAUUCUUGUACAUCCCUGUGCUGGUCAGACCUUGCAGGCUUUGGCUGGGCCAGCAGGUCUUCAGCUUCUGGGCAGUGUCACAAUGGGGGACCUGGGGACAACUUAGAGAAGAUUAGUGCUCCAGACUGUCAAGCAUGGGAUGCACAGCCUGGCUUUUGCCCUGAUUUUAAUAUCCUUUAUGCUGUUACUGCAUAAGAGGUCAGAGGAACCAGAGUCAUUCACUGGCUAGGAGCAGCCUGCUCAAGGGAGGGGUGUAAGGACACUUCAAUGCUUCCAAAGCUCUGCUUGUUCCCUGUAGGGAAAUGAGCUGCCAGUGCUUGGGACCAUUCCAGCUUUGGGGAUUUUAGAUGGCACCCAAAGGCUGCCCAAGAGCUGGCCCAAAGACAGAGGCAAAAAUUCCGCCUCUUGCAAAAAUACGAAUUUCUAAUUUUAAAAUAAAUCUUAUAAAAAUGAAA